UUCCCGUUUAGCUUCUGUGUUCUAAUGGAGGAAGUCUACUUUGCUACUUCUAAAGAAAAAAUGGCGUUCCAAAAUGGCGUCAUCAAAAUGAAAACAAAUUUAAUAGUUAAGCGAAAUGUAUUCAUUAACAGGAUGCUUUGUUCUGUUGUUUGUGUGUGAACAAUACAGUCAAAAGGUAUCCCUUCUCGAAAGAUGACUAUCUGUAUAGUGAAAACAUCGUUUAACGAAGAUGACAAAGACAUACAAGGAAGCUUUGGGAUUUAUACACUAUAACUUUGCUUACACCAAUCCAUAAUUUGAGAAUUUUAAUAGGUCUAUUAAAAAAUCUUUAAAACUGAUAUAAAUGAUCCUGUCGUUAAUUAAAGGUAAUAACCUGAAAAGUGUCCUUCCAUCUUAGAGGAUUUUGAAAAUAAAAAUGACAGAUUAGCCGCGGUGUGCAAGCUCUUAGAUAAAAUGUACUGGGGACAAUUUACCCGGAAUAACUUGUAUUACAUUUUUAAUUUCUUAACGGAAACUAAUUUAACUAAAAUAAAUAUUUCUAAACCACUCUAACGUAAAGGUCUAGACUUUUUAACAAAAUGUUGAAGGGAGAAUCAUUAGUGCUAUAUUUAACGACAAUGAAGGAGAGUGCAAGUUACAGAAAACUUUCGUUUCAUUUCUAAAAAGAAGAAGGAUUGUGUAUAAAAUGUUCUGAAAAUACAAUUUUAAAAGAUCCCGGUUUCUCUACGAAUCGAGCACGGGAGACUACACUGAUGAUGUCUCACUUACCGUUAUUACUGGUUGUAUCUGCUGCCAUCUUUUUUAUCGUGGACGCCAUAUUGAUUGUGUUGUGCUUGGUUUGGUGGUAUCGAAAGUGGAGAGAUGGAAAUGUGGCGGAAUCGGAAGAACAACCACUGAUUAAUAUUCCUACAGAACCUGAAUAUCAAACCAAAGAGAUAAGAUUACCAACCUCGGAACCUUUUAAUAUUCCCAGUCUUAAAAGAGAAAACACAAAAAAAGAAUUGUCGAAAAUAGGAUCGAUAGAUAAAUCUAUAUAUCGAAAAAAGGAGAAAAUCCCUGCGUUGUGUUUUGAACUUUUUUAUGAUCUAAGAAAAUCAGAAGUGCAUGUGACAUUGGAGGAGGGUAAACAUCUCCCAGAAUAUAUCAACGAACAAAUAAUUGUGAGUGUUUUGAUGUCUCACUGUUUUACUGUCUACCAGACUGUCAGAGUUGAUGGUCCUAAUCCUACGUUUAACGAAAUUUUUCGAUUCCCAUUGGAUAGUAUGCAGAUCUCUUCCGACCCUCCAAUCACGUUGAAGUUUAACGUGUGGACUAUUAGUGAUCAGUUUAACAAAAAUCCAUUCGGCUUUACAGAAGUUAACAUAGAAGAUAUCUUCAACGAAGCAGGUCUAACACCGAUAAAAGGAUGUGGUACAAUAUGGCGCGAUGUUGAGAAAUCGGAACGUUUAACAGGUGAAACACCCUACGGAGAAGUUCUUGUGACGCUCUCCUAUUUAAGGGGUGCACAAAGGAUUGCCCUUACUACCUGCAAAGCAAGAAAUUUGAAAAUACAACCAACAGACAAAUACCUACAAGCCAAAAUAGCUCUGCUUUAUCAAGAUAAAGAAAUUAAAGUCUAUUACACAAAUAACGUUGCAACAACAACAAAACCAGAAUUUAACGAGGAAUUCAUUUUCAACUUGGAAGAAGUUCAAGGCGCGAGUCUUCAAAAUAUAGCCAUCAGCAUAGAAAUACAAGGACGACAAAACAAUGUUUUUUUGAAACCACGCGUGAUUGGUACUGUGGCGUUGGGAAAUUCAACGCAAGUUGGUCGAUUCGGGAAAGAGCAUUGGGAUCUUAUGGCACACGGGAAAUCUUCUAUUCAAAAGUGGUAUCCUGUUCUAUUUGAUUCUUAAAAGAAAGAGAUUAAGCAUCAUAAU